CACGCGCCCAAGUGGGUGAAGAAGGAGACCAACGUCCUUGCCUCUUAUAAAGCCUUCUUCUUCUUCUUCCCCAAUUUAGUAACUCUAAACCUUAAAACUUUCCAACAAUGGCGGAACCAGUUUUGGAGGACACUUAUCUUACUUUCUCUUCCGAUUUCGAUUACAUCGCGAUCGCUCCUUCUCCCUUUGAUAAUUUCUGCAAUUCUAACUCUGAUCAAGUUCGGAACUCGAUCUCUGAUCUGAGGUUUUUGAUUGACGACGACGACAGUUUCGACGAUCUCUACUUCCCUUCUGAGAACGAAUCGUUCUGCAUUCCUCCUGACGCUACGAAACGAGAAAUGUCUGGUGACUUUACGCCGGCGUCGGGAAUUUCAGGCGAUUGUGUUAACGAAGACACGGAGAAGAAUACGAAUGGCGUGUUAAUAUCUACUUCAAGCUGCUACAAUAGAGAAUCACCUACGGAUUCUGAUUUCUCCGGUACUAGUCAGAGCUUGAGUUUUUCGGGGCAAGAUUCUGCCAAGAGGAAAACAGAGAUUGAAGAAGAUUCAAGCGACGAAUCCAGGAGAUUGGGUAAAGAUGGUUUUGCAAGUGUUAUAAAAGUUGGUGGUGAAGAAGAUGAUGAGAAGAAGAAGAACGUGAGACUAGUUAGAAACCGUGAAAGUGCUCACCUUUCAAGACAGAGGAAGAAGCAUUACGUGGAGGAGCUUGAAGAUAAAGUUAAGAAUAUGCAUUCCACUAUAUCGGAAUUGAGCAGUAAGAUGUCUUAUUUCGUGGCUGAGAAUGUCACUUUGAGGCAACAGAUGGGCACAAGGUUCUCAAGUGGACCACCGAUGGUUCCAAUUGUUUAUCCAUGGAUGCAGUAUCCGGCUUAUAUGGUUAAACCACAAGGUUCUCAAGUGGCUUUGCUUCCUAUUCCUCGGUUGAAACCAAAACAUUCUGUUGCUAAGGUGAAGAAGUUCAAGAAGGUUGCUAGUUUUAGUGUUUUUGGUUUUCUGUUUUGUAUGUUUUUGUUUGGUGCAUUGGUGAACAUUAGCUAUGGGGAGUAUAAGUCUAACUAUGUUACUGACGGGGUUUAUGAUCAGUCUAGAGGAAGAGUUUUGGUUGUUGAUAGUAGUAGAGUACAUUGUGGGGGAGAUUCUGAUCAAGGAGUGGGAAGAAACGUAUCUGAAACAGAGAAUUUGGGGCCUCCUCGAAAUAGUAGUGAACCUCUAGUUGCAUCGCUAUUUGUUCCGAGGAAUGAAAAGCUUGUCAAGAUCGAUGGAAAUUUGAUUAUUCAUUCUGUUUUGGCGAGCGAGAAAGCCAGGGAUUCUGAAACAAAGAACGAAGAAGGGAAAAGUGUUCUAGCAACUACAACUAAAACUUUAUCUCCUGCAUUGCCUUUACCUGACUCCACAAGCCCAAGGACCAGGGAUGUGUCUAAGCACCUCUAUAGCGAAACGGGGAAAGGCCUGUCAUCUUCUGGUUCUGAUGAUGCUUCGAACGACCAACUCAAAUCAACAAUAGCCAAUGGUAAAAUGCAGCAAUGGUUUCGUGAAGGUGUUGCAGGGCCAAUGUUCAGUUCGGGGAUGUGCACUGAAGUGUUUCAGUUUGAUGUCUCCUCAAACUCAGGAGCCAUCAUUCCUGCUUCUCCACAUACUCAACAGUGUAAGAACACCAGUGAUACACAAAAGGGGAAAAAGAACAGAAGAAUCCUCAGUGGUGGUCUUCCGGUAUCUGACUUUAAUCUUACCAAAGAAGAUCAUAACAGCUCUAGCAAAGACAAGUUCCGGGAAACCAAGCCAGGCCCAUCAAUGGUAGUGUCUGUGCUUGUUGAUCCCAGAGAAGGCGGUAAUGGAGACAUCGAUGGGAUGAUGGGAGGAACAAAACCACAGUCCCGAGUUUUCAUAGUCGUGCUUGUGGACGGUGUGAAGUAUAUAACAUACUCUUGCGUUCUUCCACGACCAGAUGUCCCUCAUCUCAUGACCAGUUGACUUGCUCUGUAUGUAGAAACCAUACGAAGAAGGGAGUUUCCACACAAUGUAUUGGAGUCAGAGUUCGGUUCUUGAAUCGAGAUAUAGGAAUCCUAACCUUGUAAUCUU